AUGCAUCUCGUCGAAGCAACAGGGCUGAACCAGGCACCACAACUCGUUUUGUUGACUACAAACAAAGGUGUUCAGGACUCUGCCCCAGAGAUUUCAGAUAUUUUGAAAAGAACUGCACGUGUUGCGCAUGUUUUACACGUCAUUAUCGCUUAUGAAUAUGGUCGAUCUGUCAUGAACCUUGACUUCCCAUCACAAGAUGAUUUACCCAUAUCAAACCGCGCAGGGGAUUUUACACCCAAUUUGUGCAGCCUUGUUGGGAUUGUCCCAUUAACCCCGAUGGGACUCGAUUCUGCGACAACAAUACUUGAUCUUUCUACAGCCAUAAAGAAACUAGCAGACUCACCUGCUGACCAUCAUUUUCUUGUCCUCGUCCGAGCAGAUCUGGUCUUCUCGGUUUACCGCCGCCUUCGUCUAGCAGAACCAAAUAUCCGACAGAGCUUACUUGACCAAGUGAUAUCCACAGGCAUGUCUGCUUUACCCGCGGCUCGUGCACUUGCAAGUCAAAAUCAGCCAUGGUGGAAUGUCAUAAGCACUGUUUUUCAGUUUGUCUGCGUUCUUUUGGCCAUCGAUACCCACUCCAGCGUCACCAUUCUACCAGAAGCUAUGGAUACAUUGGGUAUGAUUGUGGAGCAUUGGAAAACACAUCUCGCCACUGAGGCUUUAGCCACUGCCAGGAACCUUGUUCGAGCUUCGUUGGAUCGAAGGCGCAAGGGUGUUGACAUCAUGGAGCGCAUUGUCGGUCCAACUGCUUCAGACGAUGCAGUAGAAGGAUUGGAUUCCCAGCUGCCGCAAGACCAGGACUUUGCGAAUUUCAUCUCGUCUGAUCAAAAUCCCGUUGAUUUAGACUUUCUAUUAGAUAUGGGGUUUCUUAAUUAA